AUGACCGUCGGUGUGAAUUACCCAGAAGAGUUCGCAGGAUACGCAGUCCACGAUGUCAAAGAGUGGAAUCACCCCAAGUACACUGCCUAUAAGCCAAAGACCUUGGAUGACUACGACGUUGAUAUCGAGAUCGAGUGCUGUGGUGUGUGUGGUUCCGAUCUUUUGACUGCCCAGGGUGGUUGGGGAGACUUGAAGUGUGCCCAGGUUGUUGGUCAUGAGGUGAUUGGCCAUGUCGUCAAGACCGGUCCAAAGGCCAGUUUGUACAAGCUGGGCGACCGUGUUGGUCUGGGAGCCCAGGCUUUUGCCUGUUUAGACUGUCCUCGCUGUAAGGCAGGUAAUGAGCAAUAUUGUGCACAUUCUGUCACCACCUACGACGGUGUUUACCCAGAUGGUUACGUCUCGCAGGGUGGAUAUGCAUCUCAUGUCCGUGCUCACGAGCACCUGAUUUUCCCUAUUCCAGACGAGAUCAAGUCCAGUGAGGCUGGUCCUCUGAUGUGCGGUGGUCUGACCGUUUUCUCGCCUUUGAAGCGUAACGGAUGCAAGCCUGGUGCCAAGGUUGGUAUCUUGGGUCUUGGUGGUCUGGGCCAUAUGGCCGUGAUGUUUGCCAAAGCCCUUGGUGCUGAUGUCACUGUAUUCUCCAGAACUAAUGAUAAGAAGGAGCAGGCUUUGAAAUUGGGAGCAGAUGCUUUUGUUGCGACUGGAAAGGAGGGUUGGGAGUCCGAACUGUUCGAUUCUUUCGAUAUUUUGUUGAACUGUGCCAUUGGUCUUUCAGGGCUCAACCUGGAUGCUUUCCUUUCAAUCCUUAAAGUCGAGGCCAGAUUUGUUUCUGUUGGUCUUCCAAGUGUUGAUGAAAAAUUUAAUGUUUCUCCGCACACUUUUUUCUCCAACGGAGCUCACUUGUCGACCUCCUGUCUCGGUUCCAGAGCCGAAGCUUUGGAGCUUCUUGAUCUUGCUGUUAAGCAUGAUAUCAGGCCUUGGGUGGAGGAAAUUCCUCUCACUGCAGAGGGUGUUUCCGAGGCCAUGACUAGAUGCUGGAAGGGUGAUGUCAGAUACAGAUUUUGUCUUACUGACUUCCACAAAGCUUUUGGAACUGGUACUUAUGCCAACUAA